CUAGCAGCUACUCGGGACGGGACGCCCCAGGCCCUGCACCACGCCGACCGUCCAAAAUGAGCGGCCGCCUCAGCCCGGCGAAGAUGCUGGGCGCCUGGCUCCACGCGAACGGCAGCGACGGCGAACUGAGCCUGCACGACGACGCGGAGCCCGCGAGCGUCGAGGAGGAGAACGCGAGCCUCAAGCGGCGCGUCGCCGCCCUGGAGGCCACGCUGCGGCGCGUGCGCGGCGAGCGGGCCGACCUCGAACGCGUGCGACGGGUCAUGAAGCGCAACUCGAGACUGCGGCGCAAGCUCGGCCUCGCGCUCGUCGCGUCCUACGUCCUCUACUACUGCUGCUGGAACCUGAGCUUCCUGGCGGGCUACAACAAGCUGCGGGGGCGGCCGCGCGACUGCGCCGUGACGCGCUACGGCGGACUCAUCCUGGAGGGCGGCGGCGUGAAGGGCGUCGCGUACGGCGGCGCGGCGGCGGCCUUGGAAGCUUAUGGUUUAUUGGAUCGGCGGCACGUGACCCACUUCGCGGGCACGUCGGCCGGCGCGAUGAUGGGCGCGCUCCUCGCGGCGCGGACGCCCGCCGAGGACAUCGCGCGCUAUCUCCUGGAUUUCCCGUUCGAGCGGCUCAUGGAUGGCGGCCACGCGCUCGCGAACGCGGGGCGCCUGCAGCGGAGGCUAGGCUGGUUCCGGGGCGACGAGGUCGAGCGGGCGAUGCGCGAAUUACUCGACAAGGCGGGCGUCGGCGGCAACGCGACGCUCGGCGAGCUGGAGAAGGCCCGGAAAACGACGCUGCGGCUGUCCGUGACGGACCUGACGAGGGGUCGCCACGCGUGGCUCGACGCGACGAACAUGAACAACGUGUCCGUCGCGCGCGCCGGCGCGCGAAUCACUUUCGCCGUGCCUCUCGCGGGACGCGCGGCGGCGUGUCGUUCGCCGCUCGAGUCAGCCCGCGCGGCCGGGUGUGCACCCGACCCACCGGCUGAUUUUCGCGCAGGCGCGCGCCGUGCGGGCCUCGUCGGCCGUGCCCUUCGUCUACCCGCCGGUGCAGCUCGGGAAGCGGCUCUUCGUGGACGGCGGCCUCGUGCGGAACCUGGCGUGGGACGCGUUCGGCCACUGGGGCGUCGCGCGGAAGAGCAACCGGAAGCGGCGGUGGGUCCCGCGGCGGCGGCGCGCGGUCCUCGCGCUGUCGAUCCGGGGGCCCGACCGCGCGUGGGCCGAAGAUUUUUCCCUCCGGGGGGGCGACGGCGAGGAGGAAGACGACGAGCCCGCGCCGCCGCGGCGGGCGUUCUUUCCCUUCUUCGCCGGUCCCGACGAGGAGCAGGAGACCCUGAGGCGGCGCGCCCUCAACCGGCGGGGCUUCGCCGGGCUCCGGGCGGGGCGAAAGGCAAACUUCACGGCGCCUUCGUGCCGAGUCAUCGACCUCCGCGCCAUCGACGCGGCGUCUGCUCGACAGCGUGGCGGCGAGGGGCUCUCGCCGCUCGACUUAGCCGGCGGAGCCGCGUCGUCGCCGAGAAACGAGUUUGCGAGAUAAUUAUCGGGUGCGUCCGACUCACCGGUCGAUUUGCGCGCAGGCUCUGGGCCUUUGGCACGAAGCUGCUGGAACUCGUCGCGUUCGGCGCGGACUCGCCGAACGCGCUCCCGCCGGACGGCGCCAAUCUGGACGUGGUGAAGAUCGAUACAUUAGAUGUCCAGGCGGCGGAGUUCGACCUGGGGUCGCGCGAACGGGCGCACCUCGUCGCGUCCGGCUACCUGUCCGUCGCGCGGCACCUCGAGGCCUGCGGCCACGGGCGGUCGCCCGCGCCGCCGCCGUGGCUGGUCGGGUUACUGCGGAACGCAUCGCUGGACUUAUACGAGCUCAUGGCCAAGGACGCAGCUUUGUCGCUGCUGAAGCGCGGCAUCCGGCCGCAGGAGGCGGUCAAGCCAACGGUUUAUCCGGAGCUCUGAGUAACACAACAGGAAGCAAUUAAUCACAUGG